GAAGAGGCGAGGCGCGGAGGCGGCGGCGGCGGCGCGCACGGGAUCCUCCUCGGGGGCUGCUCCUCCCCUUGGCAAACUACAUCUCCCAGACUCCUCUGCCCUCCCUCUUCCCUCUCUCUCCCCCCUCCUCCUCCUCACACCUGAAGAGCAGCCCGGCGGCGGCGGCAGGAGCAGCGGCAGCACCAAGUCAGCAGCCCCGCGGCAGAGGCGCCUCUUGCGCCGGGGACCCCGGACGGAGGUGGGCAAGGCGCGCGCGUGUGCAGGGGGGUGGCCGCCAGCUCCGGGUUUGCAGGCGCCUCGGGGCGGCGGCCGGGCCGACCUCGGCUGCCCUCCCUUCUUCCCAUGGCCCGAUAGGGGACGCGUAAACAAGCAGGAGCAGCGCCUCCCAGCCUCCCCAUCCCGGGCCCACUUGGCAAGGCUGACAGCGCCCUCCCCCACCCCGGGUGGGGGUGCAGGGGGAGGUGGGGGCUCCUCUCUCCCUGGCCACAUCCUGACACGGGUCUGGGUCCUGCCCUCUCUCUCCCCGGUUGCCAGCGCGCGUGCUGAAUCUCCAAGCGCUCCGCCUGACAGGCUCGCUUUGCAAAACGCUCGGCGGCUGCAGGUCGAAGUUGAAACUUCUGGCCUGUUGCAAGAGUUGGGAGGGGGGUGUUGUUGUCGCUCUUGCAGAGCCAGAGGGAGAGAGGGAGGUUUGGAGGCAGCCUGAUUUGGGAGUGGGGGGCGAGAGGUCUUUUCUGCCUCUUUGCAAUUCGGUGGGGGGGUUGCCUGGAAAGUUGCACCCACAACACACCCACACCCCGUUCCUUCUCUGAAGUGUUUGCAACCAACAAACCCCCUGCCCGGAUGAAGGCGCACUCUGUGACCCCCAUAAAUAGCGUGCCUUCCCUCUUGCCCAGAGCCGGAGAAGGAAAGGGGGCGGGUAGCCAAAGGGUGCCGGAUCAGCUGUUUCCCAGCGCGCAGCCCCUUCCCUGAGUCUUCUCCCUCGCUCCUUCCACCUCCCUCCCCGCCGCCUUAGCUGUUGACUUUGGUCGAGCCGAGGGAGAAGCUGUUGAUCCUCUAGUUAAUAGAUAAUACGCCCAAGUUCUUCGUGGAACAUUAAACUCUUGUUUCCUUGCAGCCGCGGGCGGGGGGGGGGGGUCCCUGCCACGUUAUCCGGCAAACCCCAAACUGGUUCCCGAAGGCAGAUCUCCAGCGACGCAGGCUGGAUGCUCCUUGCUUGCGUGUGGAUUCACGAAUCCCGGGAUUAAUAUUGCCUCCUGUUAGUUUUGGUGUGCGUUUUUUGUGUACAGCAAGUCACCUCUGCCUGUCACUGCAGCGUGCAUCUGUUGCGUCCUUGGAGAGCGGCCAGGGAGCCAUGGGAACCUGUCAAAUUAUGUGUCAUUCUAACCCAGUUUGCCUCGUGCUCUGACUGGUGGCUGCUCUCCUGGGUCUCCACUUCCUACUUGUUCCUCUUGACUAGAGAUGCCAGCGGUAGCCCUAUGCCAAGUCAGGCUUUUCAUCUACUCUACCUACCGCAGUAGAGACGCGGGUGGCGCUGUGGGUUAAACCACAGAGCCUAGGACUUGCCGAUCAGAAGGUCGGUGGUUCGAAUCCCCGUGAUGGGGUUAGCUCCCAUUGCUCGGUCCCUGCUCCUGCCAACCUAGCAGUUCGAAAGCACAUAAAAGUGCAAGUAGAUAAAUAGGUACCACUCUGGCAGGAAGGUAAACGGCAUUUCCGUGCACUGCUCUGGUUAGUCCUGCUGGCCACAUGACCCGGAAGCUGAACGCCGGCUCCCUCGGCCAAUAAAGCGAGAUGAGCACCGCAACCCCAGAGUCGGUCACGACUGGACCUAAUGGUCAGGGGUACCUUUACCUUUACCUUUACCUACCUCAGUGCUGUCUGCACGGACUGGCAACAGCUCUCCGGGGUGUGAGGCAGGGAGCCUCUCCUAGCCCUACCCGGAGUUUCCGGGAUUUGAACCUGAGACCUUCUACAGGCUAAGCGGAUGCUCUACCGCUCAGCUAUGCCCCUUCGCCUGUAUGCCUGCAGCCACAGAGCUACAGUCACUCUGGGGGGUUGUGUGAAUGUAGAAGUGGGCAGGAGGAGAAGGGGAAAAUUCCCAUUCCAGAGGCAGGUUCAGUUCUGCCAGUGAAAUUUGCCCUUGAAUAAUAAAUGGCACUUUAUAUUUUAGAAUCAUGGAAUUGUAGAGUUGGAAGGGACCACGAGGGUCAUCUAUUCCAACCCCUUGCAGUGCAGGAAUCCUUUGCCCAACGUUGGGCUCGAACCCACGGCUCUGCAUUUAAGAUUCUCGUGCUCUCCAAACUGAGCCAUCCCAGAAGGUGAUGUCUUGUCUGCCUGUCUCAUUUCUGGAUUACUUAAGGAAAGGUGAACGGAUAUUAUAGUGUUUAUCUUUUCCUUUCUAGUGAUUUGACAGGGAAAUACCAGCCCCACCCUCCCCAUCAGAGGCAGAAGCGACACACACACAAAUUUUCUCCUAUUCCCUAGCUAGCAGGAAAAGAAAAGUGUCCUGGUCUAGUUUUAGCUUGUCAAACUUAGCAGUAAAGUCUAAAAGUAGGGAAGGAAUCCGUCAGGUGCUUCACAAGGCAAAACUCUGCUUUUGCUUAAAUGCAACGAACAAAGCAUCUUGCUUUCUUUCCCCCCUGUCCCUGGAUCUGUAGGGGGGCGGGAUUGUGGAGAGAGACUGAACACAGACACAACUUGUGUGUGUGUGGUGGAGCCACCCUGGAAACAGCAGCACUGUGUUCAAUUUAAAUGUAUCUCUUUCUUUAGGGCUCAGCCGUGGGGUGGUGAUGGUGCAAGUUUGAUGCAUAGCACUGACUGGCUAGUGCCUGUAACAUCAUCAAGAAACUGCUCCCUCCCCUGAGCAGUUCCGCAGUUUGAAAAAGCUUCCUUUUGAAAAAUACACAUGAACAGUCAAAUGCCUUAAUGUUCCUGCAGAGUUUAAAACUGAAACUGCAGAUAGGCAGCUGGCCUGAAUCAUGAGAGAGGAAGCAAAACUGACAGAAGGCUCUGAUUUGCCCCAGCAAAUGAAUGUUUAUAAUUUCGGUUGCAAAGCCGGGCGGAAGCUGAGCAGUCCCUGUGGUGGCUUAAUUUUUUAAAUAUCAGUUCCUGCCUUUCUAAACAGUUCAGGGUGGUUUUUACCCCUUGCUGCCUUUCAGAUGCAUCUUUUCUGGGGAAGAGGAAAAAGUGCAACCAAGAUAAAACUGACAGUGUAAAUGCAUAUUAAUAGUGCGCUUAAAACAAACACGCACACUCAGAUUACUAUUUUUAAAGUUGCCAUAAUGAAUGGAAAUAAACAGCUGCUGUACUAAAAAAUGAGGGGUUCUCAUUUUAAGCCUCAUCAGGGCUAAGUGGCCUUCCUAAAUCUGUUCCCUCGUUCCCAAAAGUGCCUCCGCAAAGUGAGAAGCCUCUGCUUGACUGUAGCAGCUAGUGGUUCCAGCAGCCACCCACACAGAGCGCCCUUCCAACCCUCUCCCUCUGCUGUCUUUCCAUCAGCCACAUGCUCUGGUAGCGCCUGCCUGUUCUUGCAGGAGAGGAAUAUGGCAGGCAAAGGCACCGCGAUUCCUUUGGCUGGUUUUUGCCAAGAAAACAGUCAGAGGUAGUACGGGGGUGGGGGGGAUGACUGAGCCAAGGGAGCAGUGGCAGCACUGAAAGAAGGCAGGGUGGGAGUGGGUUAUUGCAUGUGUCUGUGACAGCUGUCAGGCCAACUGGGCUGCUACAGUCACCCGGAGACUUCUGGCUGUUUGUGGCCCUCAUUCACAGGCUCCUGCACACGUACCAGUUCUGCGAUUCUGACGAGAGAACCCUUGAGGCUGUGCACACUUUCCGAGGUGUAAGCUCCUUUGAAUUCAACGAGACUUUCUUCCAUGUAAACAUGUCCAGGGUUGUGCUGACAGCCCAAUUUUGCAGGCUGUCUGUUGUUAUUUAGUCGUGUCCGACUCUUCGUGACCCCCUGGACCAGAGCACGCCAGGCCCUCCUGUCUUCCACUGCCUCCCACAGUUUGGUCAAACUCAUGCUGGUAGCUUCGAGAACACUGUCCCACCAUCUCGUCCUCUGUCGUCCCCUUCUCCUUGUGCCCUCCAUCUUUCCCAACAUCGGGGUCUUUUCCAGGGAGUCUUCUCUUCUCCUGAGGUGGCCAAAGUAUUGGAGCCUCAGCUUCAGGAUCUGUCCUUCCAGUGAGCACUCAGGGCUGAUUUCCUUCGGAAUGGAGAGGUUUGAUCUUCUUGCAGUCCAUGCGACUCUCAAGAGUCUCCUCCAGCACCAGAAUCCAAAAGCAUCAAUUCUUCGGCGAUCAGCCUUCUUUAUGGUCCAGCUCUCACUUCCAUACAUCACUACUGGGAAAACCAGAGCUUUAACUAUACAGACCUUCCCUUCUCAUGAGGUGGCCAAAGUAUUGGAGCCUCAGCUUCACGAUCUGUCUUUCCAGUGAGCUCUCAGGGCUGAUUUCCUUAAGAAUGAAUAGGCUGUCUAUAAGUGGGUAAAUGUUUUUAAUGGAUAACACACAAACAGGUAUGAUCAGCUGGGAACAUCUGCUCCACGAGGCUCACCGAAAUGAAUGGGGCAGUGCUGUAGGGUGGAAAUACAUGCUCAUUUCCUCAGGAUCUUAGGGCGAGCGGUUCUCUUCAGACUCUUGUUUUUUUUUCUAAUUAGGCGUCCUGAAUGUCAAAUGACUGUAAUGCUUUUUAAGAGGCAGGCUGUGUUGCUUAGAAGAAGCCCUCUAAUUUCCCCAUCUGCCGUUCUCUCUUCCCCUCCAUCUCCCAAGUCUGUAAUUCAAGGAACAAAGUGAGCAAAGGUUUGUGUACAUCAGCCUCCCACAAGCUGGUGCCCUCCAGAGAUUUUGUGCUUCUGCAGAGCACCAUCUUGGGGAAAGCUGAUGUGCAGAAUGCAUUUACCGUAUUUUUCGCUCUAUAGGACGUACUUUUUCCCCUCCAAAAAUUAAGGGGAAAUGUAUGUGCGUCCUAUGGAGCAAAUGCAGGCUCCUUGGCUUCAGCGAUAGCAAUGCGAAGCCUCCGAAGCGCAGAGGGAGCGCUCCCUCCAUGCUCCGGAGGCUUUGCGUUGCUUUCGCUGAAGCCUGGAGAGCGAGAGGGGUCGGUGUGCACUGACCCCUCUCGCUCCCCAGGCUUCAGGCAGCUAUCUGCAAAGCUUCGGAGCGCGCCCCCAGCCCCGCAAGCUGCGGGAGCGGCGGCAAGGCUGCACACAACUUUGCUGCCACUCCUGGACCUGUUCUGGGGGCUGGGGUUGGGGGAAGCUUGGGCUUCUUCUGCCCCAGCCCCAGCCCCAGCCCCACGGCUAAAAAUGAAGCCAAGACAGCGCGCGGGAUCCAUUCCGCUCGCUGUCUUGGCUUCUGCCAAGGCUGGAGAGGUUGCACGCGGCUAAAGAGGAAGCCAAGACAGCCAUCAGGAUGGAUCCCGCUUGCUGUCUUGGCUUCUUUGCUCUUUGGGGCUGGGGGGGGGGGGAUAAUUUGUUUUCCUUUAUUUCCCCUCCUAAAAACUAGGUGUGCCCUAUGGUCCAGUGUGCCUUAUGGAGCGAAAAAUACGGCACCUCAUUUGAUCCAAGCAAGAAUAGGCGAGACUUGACUGUCUCUUUCUGGAUCAGGAACAGAAGCCUCAAGACUCCUGUUCUGGCUCCGGUGCUGCCCUCUACCAAAGAGGUUAGGGUCAGAUCAGUGUGGAUUAGCAAUUAGACUUGGAUCAUCAGGGAAAUGUGGGUCCACUGCGAAUGGAGAUGGAGAUUUUGCGGGAAGUUAAUGAAGCUAUGCAGGGCUGCUAAGACUCCCCAACAGUUUGACACCUGCUCUGGGCUCUGAGCUGCCCUAGGAAUCAGCCUGGCAUUUCUGAGCGAUUUGACAGCAACCAUGAGGACUAGCCCCUUGGUUUGAAAACACGGUUCCUCAGCAGGAGACCCACAAGGCACAGCUAUUUCCCGCUGCCUCUUCAAUCAAGCUAAGCAGUUGUGAUUUAAGGCAGAGGGUUUUCUUUUAAGAUGUGCAGGAAGCAAACUAUCAAAUUGUUGAUAGAAUCAUAGAAUUGUGGAGAUGGAAGGGACUCAAAGGGUCGUUCUAGUUUAACCCCCUUGCAGUGCGGGACUCACACAGUUAAAGAAUCAUAUACUGUGGUACCUUGGUUUAAGAACAGCUUAGUUUAUGAACAACUUGGAUUAAGAACGCUGCAAACCCGGAAGUAGGUGUUUUGGUUUGUGAAUUUGCCUUGGAAGCAGAACAUGUUGCGCUUCCUAUUGAGUGUAAAUUGAGUUCCCCGCUGCCAUGGGAAAGCACACCUUGGUUUAAGAACGCUUUGGUUUAAGAACGGACUUGCGUGGCAAGUUCCCGAAAUAAUGGUGGAAAUAAUGACGCAUGACACAAUUAUUAAGGUUAAAUGGGCUAAAUAAGGCCACAACUUUAUUGGUUACAGGUGAUGAGCGGUAUUGGCUUAGGCAUUGGUCCUAACCGACUAUAUCUGAAUUCAGCCCGUCCGCUUGGAGUCCGGGAAGGGUUAACCACCAGCGGGGGAGUCCUGCUGAUGCACAUCAACUAGGAACCCCCCUGGGGUCACAGCUAGGGGGCGUGCCUCAGGCCCUCACCUCCCCAGGCUUCGGACAGGGCCAUGCCCCCGGAAUCCUUUAUCGGACUACCCCUCAAUAUGUGGGGCAGGUGAUGGCGCUUCCUCCCCUCUUCCAUCUACAGAGCAAUACCAAUGCCUAACCGCCAAUACCAAGGAAGUUGUGACGAUCUGCUACGAGGUGGGCGAAAACCAAGUGGCUGGUGCCAAUUUGCCAAGUGGAAAAAUUCCUACCAGGCUCCUCAAUGGCGACCAACCAAGGUCCAUAGCAAGGUCAGGGAACAAAAACCUUAUAGGGUGGGAGGGUGGGAAACAGGAACAGCUGGCAGGUGGGGAAAGAGGGAGAUCCCCACCACAUCCUGCCUUUAUAGGGCAGGCCACGCCCCCGACCCAGCCGAUUGGCCAGCCAGGGGGUGACACGUCUGGGAAUCCCCCCAAUCACAGGGGUGACACGGCUGGGAAUCCCCCCAAUUGCAUGGGGCUGGCCUCCACCCGCCAUGUGAAGCCCGCAACCCCACUUCCUCCUUAAGGCGGAAGUGGCUUUCCGGAACGGAUUGAGUUUGUAAACCGAGGUACCACUGUAUAUCAUUUUGGGGCAGCUGAUGUCUGAAGCCUUCAGGGCAGGACAUUUAGCUAUGUGCUUAGAACAAGUCUUCAGACCUAGUAAAUUCAAUACAGCCUCACCGUUGAAGUAGGGGAGCCCCCCAAGGGCACCAAAGAGCUUCCUCUUGUUUAAUUUUUGCUACCCGCCUUGGGCUGCAACACUGGAGAAAUCAGGCUAGCCAAGGCACCUGUGGGCUGGGUUAUAUUAUAUUAAUUGUAUUUAUUUAUUGCAUUUAUAUCCAUCCUUUUUCUCCAAGGAGCUCCAAGUGAUGUAACUGGUUUUCUCCCUCCUCAUUUAAUCCCCACAACAACCUUGUGAGGUAGGUCAGACUGGCCCAAGGUCACCCAGUGAGUUUCAGGGCUAAGUGAGGAUUCGAACCCUGGACUCCCGGGUCCUAGUCCAACACUCUAACCGCUACACCUCACUGCUCCAGCAGCUUGAUGAGUCACGGGUUGUCCAGGUCUCCCAACUCUGUCAAGAUGGGCACAGAAAGCGUUAACAGGAUCAGGUUUAAGGUGCUGGUUUUGACCUUUAAAGCCCAAUGCAGCCUAGGACCCAUGUACCUAGAAUCAUAGAAUCAUAGAGUUGGAAGAGACCACAAGGGCCAUCGAGUCCAACCCCCUGCCAAGCAGGAAACACCAUCAGAGCACUCCUGACAUAUGGUUGUCAAGCCUCUGCUUAAAGACCUCCAAAGAAGGAGACUCCACCACACUCCUUGGCAGCAAAUUCCACUGUCAAACAGCUCUUACUGUCAGGAAGUUCUUCCUAAUGUUUAGGUGGAAUCUUCUUUCUUGUAGUUUGGAUCCAUUGCUCCGUGUCCGCUUCUCUGGAGCAGCAGAAAACAACCUUUCUCCCUCCUCUAUGUGACAUCCUUUUAUAUAUUUGAACAAGGCUAUCAUAUCACCCCUUAACCUCCUCUUCUCCAGGCUAAACAUGCCCAGCUCCCUUAGCCGUUCCUCAUAAGGCAUCGUUUCCAGGCCUUUGACCAUUUUGGUUGCCUUCCUCUGGACACGUUCCAGUUUGUCAGUGUCCUUCUUGAACUGUGGUGCCCAGAACUGGACACAGUACUCCAGGUGAGGUCUGACCAGAGCAGAAUACAGUGGCACUAUUACUUCCCUUGAUCUAGAUGCUAUACUCCUAUUGAUGCAGCCCAGAAUUGCAUUGGCUUUUUUAGCUGCCGCAUCACACUGUUGGCUCAUGUCAAGUUUGUGGUCAACCAAGACUCCUAGAUCCUUUUCACAUGUACUGCUCUCAAGCCAGGUGACACCCAUCUUGUAUUUGCGCCUCUCAUUUUUUUUGCCCAAGUGCAAUACUUUACAUUUCUCCCUGUUAAAGUUCAUCUUGUUUGUUUUGGCCCAGUUCUCUAAUCUGUCAAGGUCAUUUUGAAGUGUGAUCCUGUCCUCUGGGGUGUUAGCCACCCCUCCCAGUUUGGUGUCAUCUGCAAAUUUGAUCAGGAUGCCCUUGAGUCCAUCAUCCAAGUCAUUGAUAAAGAUGUUGAAUAAGACCGGGCCCAAGACAGAACCCUGUGGCACCCCACUAGUCACUCUUCUACCUACCUACGGGACCGCCUCUCCUGGUACGCCCCGCAGAGGACCUUAAGGUCCACAAAUGACAACAUUUUGGAGGUCCCAAGUCGCAAGGUGGUUAGAUUGGUCUCAACCAGGGCCAGGGCCUUUUCAGUACUGGCCCCGACUUGGUGGAACGCUCUGUCACAAGAGACUAGGGCCCUGCGGGACUUGACAUCUUUCCGCAGGGCCUGCAAGACAGAGCUGUUCCACCUGGCCUUUGGUUUGGACUCAGUCUGACCCUUAUGUUUCCCUCCCCUUAUGGUCUUGAUCUAUCGGCUACUUUUAAAAUGAGGCUGCAUUUUAAAUUGCAUUUUAACCUGUAAUUAAAUUGGUUUCCUCCCUGUAUUAUGUUUUUAGUGUGAUUUUAUUGGUGUUAGCCACCCUGAGCCCAGCUCUGGCCAGGGAGGGUAGGGUAUAAAUAAAAUUUAUUAUUAUUAUUAUUAUUAUUAUUAUUAUUAUUAUUUAUUAGCAAGCUUGGAAAAUGGGAAGCGUUUCUGUCUUCGGCGAUGGGAGGAAAGGUCACCUCAAAUCUUUGAUUCGGUCACCUUGCUGCUAGGAACGCAGAAUAUUGGCUGCUGCGGUUGCUUCUCUCUCAGUGCAGGGGUGCUGAUUACUUUUCCCUCUUACAGUGUGCAAAUGAGACCUGCUAAUCUGCUUUGUCCUAUAACAGCAUUUGCUGCGGAGUUCGUGUGGUGUGAACACACCGCCUGGCUGUGUUGUUUGCCCAAAUCAUAAAUCGUAGAGCUAGCUGUCGAUCUGGACGGGACCCAAAUGGUCAUACAGUCACAAUAAUCACAACUAAAUAAUAAUUCAGGCGUGAUUUAUUGUUCCUUACAGAAGCUCUGCAUCUUUUUGGGGAAGGGGGGAGCAGAAAGAGAGGGGUUUAUUUGGUAAGCAUGUAUUUUUAAAGCACAUCCUUAAGGUAAUGAAUAAUUUGACCUUCAGUUACACAUAUUUGAGUAUAACAUGUUCUGAACCCAGAAGAUGAUCUGGCCACCACACCAGCCUCAAUUGGUCGUGCCUCCCUGCCUGCCUUCUUCCUGGUCUGCCCUGCAGAGGACCUUAAGGUCCAUGAAUAAUCAUAGUUUAGAGGUCCCGGGCCCUAAGGAAGUCAGACUAUCCUCCACCAGGGCCAGGGCCUUCUCAGUGAUGGCUCCAACCUGGUGGAAAGCUCUAUCCCAUGAGACCAGGGCCCUGCAGGAUUUCACUUCCUUCCGUAGGGCCAGUAAGACAGAGCUAUUCCGCCUGGCUUUCAAUUUGAACUUAGCCUGAUCUUUUAUUCCCCUUCCUCCCUCUCCCCUUUUUAUGAAGAUCACCUGCUCUGGGAUCCCACAGCUAAUUCUCCCCUGGUCUCCUCGCUGGCUCAAGUAGGACUAAUUUAGCCAGCUAGCCCUGGUGAACAUCUAAUGUUUAUUGGACGGAUUUCCCCCCUAAAUUGAUUUUUGAAUUCUGAAUUUACUGUUAUUCACAUUUUAUACUGUAUUUUAUGCUGUUUUUUUGUUGCAUCAAUUAAAUAUUUUAAAUUUGUUGUUAGCCGCCCUGAGUCCGGUUUUCUGAACCAGGAAGGACGGGGUAUAAAUAAAAAUUUAUUAUUAUUAUUCUUCACAGAAUUGUAGAUUUAUAUACAGUGCUACCUCGGGUUACAGACACUUCAGGUUACAUAUGCUUCAGGUUACAGACUCCGCUAACCCAGAAAUAUUACCUCGGGUUAAGAACUUUGCUUCAGGAUGAGAACAGAAAUUGUGCUCCAACGGUGCAGCAGCAGCGGGAGGCCCCAUUAGCUAAAGUGGUGCUUGAGGUUAAGAACAGUUUCAGGUUAAGAAUGGACCUCCAGAACAAAUUAAGUACUUAACCCGAGGUACCACUGUAGUUGGAAGAACCUCGAGUGUCAUCUAGUCCAACCCGCUGCAAUGCAGGAAUCUCAGCUAAGCAUCCAUGACUUUUGGCCAUCCAGCCUCUGCUUUAAAACCUCCAAGGAGGGAGAGUCCACCAGCUCCCAAGGGAGACCGUUCCACUGUCAAACAGCUCUUACUGCCAGAAAGUUUUUUCCGUGUGCUUAGUCAGAAUCUCAUUUCUUGUCAUUUGAAUCCAUUGGUUUGGGUCCUGCCCUUCAGAGCAGCAGAAAACAAGCCGGCUCCAACUUCCAUGGGACAGCCCUUCAGAUAUUUGAAGAUGGUUCUCAUAUCUCCUUUCAGUCUCCCCUUUUCCAGGCUAAUAUACCCAGUUCCUUCAACCGCUCCUCAUAAGGCCUGGUUUCCAGACCCUUGAUCAUCUUGGUCACCCUCCUCACUUCCCUGCUCAAAACGCGGGAGCUCUGCUGUCAGUCAGCGCCGACAACCCUGAGCGAGAUGGCUCCAUUGUCUGACUCAGUACAGUGGACGCUCGGGUUGCGAACGUGAUCCAUGUGGGAUGCACGUUCGCAACCUGCAGCGUUGCAUCUGUGCACGCGCAGGUUGCGAUUAGGCGCUUCUGUGCAUGCGCAAAGCGCGAUUUAGCGCUUCUGCACAUGCGUGACCACCGAAACCCAGAAGUAACCCAUUCUACUACUUCUGGGUUUCAGCGGUCCGUAACCAGGAAAAAACGCAACCUGAAGCAGCUGUAACCUGAGGUAUGACUGUACAAGGCAUCUUCCUUCAUUCCUUUCCCCAUGGCCUACACAGCAUACCCUCCAACAUUUCUCUGAUGAAAAUAGGGGUCUUAUUCUAUUCUAUUAUUAUUGUUAUUAUUAUUAUUAUUAUUAUUAUUAUUAUUAUUAUUAUACCCCACCCAUCUCACUAGCCACUCUGGGCGGUUUCUGACACAUAUAAAAACAUAAUAAAACAUAAACAUUAAAGAAUUUCCCUCUACGGGGCUGCCUUCAGAUGCAUUCUAAAGGUUGUAUAGUUAUGUAUCUCCUUGGCUCGGGAGUUGCAUAACUCCAUACCCUCCAACAUUUCUCCAAGGAAAAUAGGGACAUCACGGUUCGAAUCCCUGUGACGGGGUGAGCUCCCGUUGCUUGGUCCCUGCUCCUGCCAACCUAGCAGUUCGAAAGCACGUCAAAGUGCAAGUAGAUAAAUAGGUACUGCUCCGGAGGGAAGGUAAACGGCGUUUCCGUGCGCUGCUCUGGUUCACCAGAAGCAGCUUAGUCAUGCUGGCCACAUGACCCGGAAGCUGAACGCCGGCUCCCUUGGCCAAUAAAGCGAGAUGAGCGCCGCAACCCCAGAGUCGGUCACGACUGGACCUAAUGGUCAGGGGUCCCUUUACUUUUAAGCAGAAGGUAGGUGAUCUUGUGCCCCUGGCAGAACUGUCCAGAUUGCGCCCCCUAGCCACUUCUUUCUGCCUCUCCUCCAUUCAAUUCACCCUCAAUUAAAAACCUUUUCUUAUGAGCCAAUAAUCAAUAUUUUUAUUUAUAGACAUAUUUAUGGACACAUUUUUAGCCGAUUUUGCACACACACCCCUCGCCUGCCCCCUGGCGGGGGCCCAUCUCACCACCCUGUAUCUACGGCCCUGAUCCUAAGGAAAAGCGGGACAUUCUUGGAUCACAUCAGAAACUGGGGGACAAGUUCUGUAAAUACGGGACUGUCCCAGGAAAAUAGGGACACAUGGAGGGUCAGUUCUUGCCCAGAUGUUUUAAAAGGCUGCAGAAUGCAAAUCCCGCUGGUGGGAUAACGGAUGCAGAUCGCUGCCUGACCCCGAGUGCGUGGUUCAUGUUGGUGCUCAGCCAUUGGUUUCCUUGGUGCUGAGAGCGGCCGGCAUGGGGAACCGUGAGUGAGAAAGGCCUUUGCCAUCGGUCAGGUGCAGCUGGGCUUUGUUUAAAGCCACCUGACACCUGAUCUAACGAGGUUUAUCUGCUGCAGGCCUGCUUGGUAUCCUGCCAACUCGUGGCAGUUCAACACACACACACACCCUUGGCAGCUGCCUGGGAAAAUGAGAGGCUCUGUGGAUCUGGAUCCCACAAGUGGAAUGUUAGCCAGGCGUAUUUUUAAACAUGGUUUCAAAGACGCAGAGGCAGCAGACUGCAGUUGCGAGCCAAGUUAUACCCAGAAGCCUGAGAGGGGCAGGGUGGCGCUGAGAGGGGCAGGCGCAGAGCCAAGUCAAUUAUUUCCUUUAUUGCGUUCCGUAAAAUUUAUACACCAGUCUUUUUGCAUUCUUAUUUCAUGUUAUAAUGUACAGUGGACACUCAGGUUGCAGAUGUGAUCUGUGCGGGAUGCACGUUCGCAACCCGCAGCGGCACAUCUGCAUUUCUGCGCAUGCGCAGCCACCAAAACCCAGAAGUAACCUGUUCCGGGGUUUUCCUUCCCACCCUCUGCCAAGGACCCACAGAUCUUGGGGUUAGAGCAGGAUGGGAAACCUGUGACACACACCCCCUCCCCAGAUGUUACUGGACUCCAAAUCCCAUCAGCCCAAACCAGCAUGGGAAUGAUGGGAGUCGUAAUUCAGCAAUAGCUAUCAGGCCAAAUGUUCUCCACUCCUGGCCUAGAGCUUUCCCAGGAGGUGGACAGGUGCUCAGCAGGACAGGCCCCUCCACCUGAGUCAAAUCCUCACUUCUGUGCAAAGCCCUGACUCUCCCUGCCCCACUGCAAACAUCUCUCAUUAAACAUUUGCAGUGUCGCGCUCAGAACUUCACAGCAGGAUCAGGACACCUAGAGAUGCUUCCACCUGGAUAGACCUUAACCUGCCUUGCCUGUCUCACUUGAGGUUUAAUUGGAAGGUAAAUGGACGCGGGUGAUUCGAACUGCCGACCUUCUGAUGGGCAAGCCCUAGGCUCUGUGGUUUAACCCACAGCGCCACCCGCGUCCCAUUUGUGUUCUGUACCGUCUUGCUAUUUUACGCAACAUCUGGGGGGCUGCAGCUGGAGGUGAAGUAAGGACUUGCAAGAAACUGGAUCUGAGGGGGAAAUAAUAGCCCAAAUUGGUUUGCGUUGUCAUGCCUGACCUUGCUGAUGGAUCUGCUGUGCUAAAUGCCUGUCCCUGGCGUUGGGUAAUCAGCGCUAAAUCUGAUGUGGCUACCGGUGACUCUCUUUGCAAUCUGAUGAAGGAGCCUCAUCUCGCCUAGGAAAGGUCAAGCCGCAAUGAAUUCGUUUCCAGGCUCUUUGUCUAUCUGUCUCUCUCUUCCGCACCUGCCGGAACACCCAGCAAACGCUCCAAACAAAGCAGAAAAGAAGUCAGGUGAAAAAUAGCCCGCCGAGGCUCUGAUAACGUUUAUUUUUUGCAGGACAUGUUGGACAAAGGCAGCAGCAAAAAGGGCAAGGAAGGGCACUGGCGGAGACAAAUUCGGUCUGUGCACAGCAAACGCAUUGGCAGUCUUCGGGGAUAACACAGACAUGUGUCUCCUCUGCCCAUUUCCCCUCAUCUCCUGUAGAGCUUUACUGGGGGCUGUUGGGACUCUGCAGGGAGAUUAACUUGACUCAUGCAGGUACAGUUUUUCAUGAUCCAGUUUCAUGAUCCGUGCGCCAGUUUCAAGCUGUUCUGCAGGGCCAGCUAUCCUGUUAGGCAAAGUGAGGCAGAUAUGGGAACAUGGCCGAGGCAGCCACCAGGCCAUUACUAAGGCUGGGUGAUAAUAAUAAUAAUAAUAAUAAUAAUAAUAAUAAUAAUUAAUAAUUAAUAAUAAUUUAUUUGUACCCCGCCCAUCUGGCUGGGUUUUCCCAGCCACUCUGGGCGGCUUCCAACAAAGACCAAAAAUACACUAAAAUGUCACACAUUAAAAACUUCCCUGAACAGGGCUGCCUUCAGAUGUCUUCUGAAUGUCAGGUAGUUGUUUAUCUCUUUGACAUCUGGUGGUAGGGUGUUUCACAGGGCGGGCGCCACUACCAAGAAGGCCCUCUGCCCGGAUCCCUGUAGCUCUGCUUCUCGCAAUGAGGGAACCUCCAGAAGGCCCUCAGCGCUGGACCUCAGUGUCCAGGCGGAACGAUAUAUAUUGAUAUAUCGUCCAAAACUGGUUUUAAGUCCAUAUCGUAUAUCGGUUUUGUAGCUUUUGACCUGGAAAUAUAUCACAAAUCGUAUAUGUGUGCUAUGCAAAAAUCACAACAUGGGGAAAACUGUGAAGCCAGCCAGUUCCUCUGCAUAGUUCCAUCCUUAUUUCAGACAUUGUGAUUUAUCAGGAUAUUGUGAUGUUUAGCUGGUGCUAUAUCACAGUGUUGAAAAACCAGAUAUCACCCAGCCCUGGCUAUUGCCCUCUGCCGAAGGCAGAGAUGACAGACAGACAGACAGACAGACAGACAAACUUAGUUGGUCUAUAAGGUGCUACUGGACAAUUUUUUUUUAAUUAUUUUUUAUAUAUUUUUUACUGCAUCGGACUAACACGGCUACCUACCUGAAUUUAGAGACAAACAGACAGACAGAUAGAUUACUCUAGAUUGUCACUAUUUGCUAAUGAGAAAAACCCUGGAAAGUCACUACCAGUCAAAGGAUAAAAUUACCUGGGGCAGAUGAACAAACAGUCGGACGUUAUAUAAGGCAUCUUCCUAUUCUGGGUUUGCAAAAGAUGGAGCCAGGGUUUCCAUAGAGGGGCAAAAAAUAGUGUUUAGAAUUGUUGUAUAAACUGGCCACCAUGCAGAAUAUUGACAAGUGUUUGAUCUGUGGUUGCAGCCAUUCACCAAAGGCUUCGUUUUAUUUAUUUAUUUAUAAAUAAUUUUUUAAUUAUUUUCCUUAUACAUACUUUUACAAUACAAUACAUUAAAUCACAUAAAUACUUUUAGCUCUGCCAAGCUGGCGACUUCCCUCCAUCCCUUCAGCGGGUAUCUCUUAUUUUCUUAUAUUGUGUGUUCUCCUUUUUAACCUUAUAUCUGUCGCACAUUGUAAGAGCUAUUUCAAUCCUGCCAGUGUUUUUAGAGUUUUACAAUCAUCCUUUAUAUACACCAUAAAUUUACUCCAACUUUCUUGAAACCUCUGAUCGUCCUGAUCCUGAAUUCUUCCCGUCAGUUUGGUGCUAGCUCCGCAUAACUCAUCAUUUUCGUCUAGCGCUCCGCAAUAGUAGGAAUUUCUUGCAAUUUCCAGUUUGGGGCAAGCAUGUUUCUUGCCAUAGGCUUCGUUUUAAUGUUGUUGUUGUUGUUUAGUCGUUUAGUCGUGUCCGCCUCUUCGUGACCCCAUGGACCAGAGCACACCAGGCACUUCUGUCUUCCACUGCCUCCUGCAGUUUGGUCAAACUCAUGCUGGUAGCUUCACGAACACUGUCCAACCAUCUCAUCCUCUGCCAUCCCCUUCUCCUUGUGCCCUACAUCUUUCCCAACAUCAGGGUCUUUUCCAGGGAGUCUUCUCUUCUCAUGAGGUGGCCAAAGUCUUGGAGCCUCAGCUUCAGUGUCUGUCCUUCCAGUGAGCACUCAGGGCUGAUUUCCUUCAGAAUGGAGAGGUUUGAUCUUCUUGCAGUCCAUGGGACUCUCAAGAGUCUCCUCCAGCACCAGAAUUCAAAAGCAUCAAUUCUUCGGCGAUCAGCCUUCUUUAUAGUCCAGCUUUCAUUAUAUAUCAUUUUAAUAGCCAGCCCCUUCUCAGACACCCUGCAUGUUCCCCGUUGCUGGAAUCUGAAAUGGCUUCUGUACAGUAAAAUCCUUGGCAGUUUCAAAGCCAGCCGAUGCCAGACUCCACUGGGGCACCAGUCUCUGUCUUAGGCUGAAUUUGCUUGCAAAGCCCGUCCUGUCCGUUGUCUUCCCUUCAGAGCUCAGUUUCUUUCACACUCACAAAGAAAACAUCACCCAGCUGGCAAGCGUGGUGCAGAAAUUUGCCUGCAGCUGUUUUAACUGAAAUCGACGUGCUGGGAGGCAGGAGCGAUGAUCUCUCUCUCUCUCUCUGCACAUGCAAGUGGGGUCAGGAUGGGGCCUCGGCUUCCCCAAACAGCAUAUAAUUAGCUACCAAGAAGGAGAGCCAAUCAAAGGCCCCUUCCCGGAUAACCAGAUUUGAGCAGGCAACAAUUGCUGUGCAAUAGAAAAUAAAUGCUUUGUUAUUAAAACUGCAAAAUAAUAAUAAUAAUAAUAAUAAUAAUAAUAAUAAUAAUAAUUUUAUUUAUAUCCCGCCCUCCCCAGCCGAAGCCGGGCUCAGGGCAGCUAACAACAAUAAAAUAAUACAAAAUUCUAAAAUCAUUUCAUUAUAAAAUUAAUUCAAAUCAAAUUAAUGGCAACCAUUGGGCUAGAGUUCUGUGAAGAUUGCCAAAGGAGGGAGUCAGGCUGUGCCCUAGCCAAAGGCUUGGUGGAACAGCUCUGUCUUGCAAGCCCUGCGGAACUUCUGUGCAUGCGCAAAGUGCGGUUUAGCGCUUCUGCACAUGCACGGAAACCCAGAAGUAACUGUUCCAGUACUUCCAGGUUCGGCAUGGUGCACAACCCGAAAUCACACAACCCGAAGCAUCUGUAACCCGAGGUAUGACUGUAUAAUUUCAGUUCUGGAAAGGAACCUCAGGUUACAUACACUUCAGGUUACAGACGCUUCAGGUUACAGACUCUGCUAACCCAGAAAUAUUACCUCGGAUGAAGAAUUUUGCUUCAGGAUGAGAACAGAAAUUGUGCUCCGGUGGCAGCGGGAGGCCCCAUUAUCUAAAGUGGUGCUUCAGGUUAAGAACAGUUUCAGGUUAAGAACAGACCUCCAGAACGAAUUAAGUUCUUAACCCGAGGUACCACUGUAUAGAUAUAGAUAUAAAAUUUAUUACAUAUAGAAGAAUACAAAUGUUUGAGAGAUGUAGAAACGAACAGGGGCUUGACUGUUUGACAUCAUUUGUGCCGCAACUUACGAAAACGAUGGAGAGCAGAGGGGUUGAAAACAAUGCCACGAAUAGUAAGAUCGGGAUUGCACAGAAGCACAAUGGAGCAGUCGAUAAUAAGUCCUGGAAUACGACCAAAUCCAGGCAAAACCAUACUUUGCAAGAACCUGACAACCGUGUCUUUUGAUAUAUAUCUGGAACGACCACCGUGUAGCUACAUAGGUUUGUCUUUGCACUUGGAAACUCGUAAAUAAUGGGUUUUUCGGAUAUUGCAAUAAAUAGGACCUUCUUCGAACCAGGUAUUAUGAAGAGGAAAGGGCAAGUUAGUCCUCCAUCCCUGGGCAACAGUUAGUUGAGCAAAUCAAUUAUAAGGCGGCAAACAAAUAAAUUAUAAGAUCAGCAUUAUCACUGGGGAAGAUGGACAGCAAAUGGAGUUGAGGAUUUUCUGAAUCUCAUGCAGCCAAGAGAACGCAGUCUGUCUGCAGCUGCCUGAUUCUGAUGACAGCUCAUUUAUUGUGGCAAACUAGUAUGGAAAGCCCUGGCAAGGGCUCAUGUCAAACUGUGUCUCUCGCCCUUGGAUACGGGAAACUCAGUUGCUCCUAAGUGCAUUCUAGCCUGCAGCCCAACUCAGCAAGCUUCUGAUGCUACAGCCUGUUGGAAGUCCCUCUUGGAUUCUUCCAGCUCGCUCUCCUAAUCACAAGAUUCUUUGUUGCUCUUGUUACGAAACACAUGAGCUUCUGGCAGAGGCGGUUGCGUUGCUGGCACAGGGCAAAGGCAGUGCAAGGAACUUUGUAGCUGGAGGCCUGAGGACUGGGAUGAGGCAGACCAGAAACCUGUCUGCACCCGAAACAAAUUCUGGAAUAUCCUCUUGCCGCCUCCUUUGCAGCCUUCCUUGUCUGACUUGAUGUACUGUUGCAAACAUACAGUACUUGAGGAGUUAAUUUCUGAGCAAUGCGAACAGAGCAGAAUGUGGAGAGAGAAGAGCGAGCCAGAGGCUGGGUCUAGACAUAUCAAAGAAGCAUUUCAGAUAAAUGCGUGGGAAAUUUAAACAGGGAAAACAGGUAGAGAAAAACAGGAUGCCACAGCGCCAUCUGGUGGCACAAUGUUAUAUCGCAUAUACAACGCAUAUAAAUUGCUUUUUCAUUAGCAAUCUAACUGAGUCCAGAGGUCAGAAUAACAGCUCAUUUCUCUGGGGGGUGGGGUUAAAGUAAUGUGGUAGCUUGAAUGUCAGGGAAGAAGUCCUGGAUUCAAAUCUUCAUUAAAUCACAGAACUGUAGAGUUGGAAGGGACACAAAGGAAUCGCUCUGUUUAAAAACCUCCAAGGAAGGAGAGUCCAUCACUUUCCAAGGGAGUCCAUUCCACUUCUAAACAGCUCUUAGCAUCAGAGUGUUCUUCCUAAUGUUUAGUCAGAAUCUCCUUUCUCGUAAUUUGAAUCUAUUGGUUUGGGUCCUGCCCUCUGGGGCGGCAGAAAACAAGCUUGCUCCCUCUUUGAUGGGGAAGCGCUUCCGAUAUCUGAAGUCUUACCCAGGCCGUGAGUUUGCUAGGAACCCUAUUCUUGCAGCCUGACGAUUCUCUUGCCAGCAUCAUCAUUGCUGUUGCUUAUGGUUAUUAAUUAUUGCAAUACAUUUCUGCCUUUGAUAAAAACAAAAAUACACCCAAGAAAUUCAGUAGAAGCAAGCAGGCGCUGUAAAGCACCCGUAUUAAAUGAGGCCAGAAACUAAAAACAAUAUUUGGCAAAUCCAGAGAGACACAAAGUUCUGAAAAGCCCACAGGAAUAAUCCAGCCUGGCGAUGGAAGCCUGGUCUUCCUUGCUGGGGAGACCCUAUACUUUGGCUUUGAGCAGAGUGGGCUGGAUUUACUGUAUUUUUCGCUCUAUAGGACGCACUUUUCCCCCUCCAAAAAUUAAGGGGAAAUGUGUGUGCGUUCUAUGAAGCGAAUGCAGGCUCCUUGGCUUCAGCGAUAGUAACGCAAAGCCUCUGAAGCGCAGAGGGAGCACUCUCUCCGUGCUCCGGAGGCUUCGCGUUGCUUUCGCUGAAGCCUGGAGAGCGAGAGGGGUCGGUGCGCACCAACCCCUCUCGCUCUCCAGUCUUCAGGGAUAGCCGCCUGAAGCCUUUGGAGUGUAGCGGGACCUCGCGCUGCGCUCCGAAGGCUUUGGGUUGCUUUUGCUGAAGCCGCCUGAAGCCCCCAGAGCGCAGGGGGAACUCCCGCUGCGCUCCAGGGGCUUCAGGCAGCAUCUGCAAGCCCCCGGAGCGCAGCGGGACUUCCCGCUGCACUCCGAAGGCUUGCAGAUAGCCGCCUGAAGCCUGGAGAGCGAGAGGGGUCGGUGCACACCAAUCCCUCUUGCUCUCCAGGCUUCGCUUCGCUGGAGAGGCGCUGCACAGUUUUCCCUUUCAGCGAGCACCUUCAGCGAAGCGGAAGGAGAAUUGGAAGGGACUCCGUUUCUCCUGCCGCUUCGCUGAAGGGGCGCUGAGCAGGGGGGGGGGGUUCUUGUUCUCCCCCUCUAAAACAAGUUGUAUCCUAUGGUCGGGUGCAUCCUAUAGAGCAAAAAAUAUGGUAAGUUUGGUGUCCUUUCUCUAACCUUCAAUCCUGUCCUACAUCUGCUCAGACCUUCCAUAGCUCGUCUCCUUUUGAACAGCUUACAAUGGGAUGAAAACCAAACGUUUUGACUUCCCUGCCCUGGUUGCAAGAACCCAGCACUGACGCUUUUGUGUCACCCCCUAGAAAAUCAGCCUUCCUCUUUUGCUUAACUUGACUUCGAUUUCUAGAUGAAACAGGAAAAGCUCGGCUGCAACGGGAGGGAAAUGAUAUUUUUAGUAAUCUUGUUUUUCUCCCAGGAUCCACUGCCAUAGAAAAGGGGGGGGGGAAUCUGCAAUUUUUUUUAUGGACUUGAAAAGAAGCUGCCUGUGAGAGACUUUGUCAGUGGAGGCGUAAAUAUAUUAAUAACCCACCGGGCAUCGCUGUCAUAUUUGUUUUCAAGCAUCUAUCAUUCCUGAAGAAGAGAAAUGAUGCACAGGAGUGGAGGGGGACAAGGACGAUGAGUAAGAGGAUGCUAUAUUAGAUGAUCCAUCCAUUUAAUCGGGGGGGGGGGAGGGUGUGAAUCUGUGGCUCUCCCUGAUCUCGUUGGACUACCAAGUCUCAUCCUCUCUGACCAUUGGACAUGCUGGCCGGGACUGAUCUGAACAGGGUGGCCAACAACAUCUAAAGGUUCUUCAUCCCUGGAGCCGUGGCAUCUUUUGUCCAUUUAAAGUGGUGCUCCCUAUUAACCAGGCAGCUGGCUUUGGGAAAAAAUUGGGUCGUAUCCAGUGUUUUGCAGGGUUUGGAAUAAAUAACCAUCGGGGGUCUUUUCCAACUCCGCAAUUCUGUGUUGUUCAGCUGAUGGGCCAGUAUGCGAUAUGAUACGAUAAUCUUUAUUGUCAUUGUCCCAUACAGAACAACGAAAUUGAAAAAAUCUACAUCAGACAUUCAAAAACUAACAAGCCUGUUAUCCCAGCUAUCCCAGCCUGGUGAGCCCCCUAAAAACUCUGAUACCCCAUAAUUAAAUACAAUAUACUCCCAUAGAGACUACCAUAAAGAUAAAGGGACCCCUGACCAUUAGGUCCAGUCGUGGCCGACUCUGGGGUUGCGGCACUCAUCUCGCUUUAUUGGCUGAGGGCCGGCGUACAGCUUCCGGGUCAUGUGGCCAGCAUGACUAAGCUGCUUCUGGCGAACCAGAGCAGUGCACGGAAAUGCCGUUUACCUUCCCGCCGGAGCAGUACCUAUUUAUCUACUUGCACUUUGAUGUGCUUUUGAACUGCUAGGUUGGCAGGAGCAGGGACCGAGCAACAGGAGCUCAGCCCGUCGCGGGGAUUCGAACCGCCGACCUUCUGUUCGGCAAGUCCUAGGCUCUGUGGUUUAACCCACAGCGCCACCCGCUACCUUACACUGCGUUUAAAACCAAAAUCGCAUUUGGAUAGAAACUGUUUCCCAGGUGGCUGGUCCUACUCUUUAUAACCCUGUACCUUCUUCCAGAAGGCAGAAGCUGAAAGAGAUCAUUUUCCGGGGUGCGCACUAUCCUGCGCUAUCUCUGCAGCUUUCUUAUGGCACCUGGAAGUGUAGAUUUGAUCCAAGGUGGGAAGAGUGCACCCAGUUAUUCUCUCCGCAGUCUUUACAACCCUGGGCAGCAUUGUUUUUUCCCUGACCGUGCAGCUCCCAAACCACACACACCAGACAGUAUACGAUGGAUGGGAAAGGAGAAGUCUAUCAGUGGCCACUAACCACGAUGCCUCUGUUCUGCCUCCACUGUCGAAGGCAGCAUGUGACGUGGGCCUUUUGGCUCCUGCAGAAACUGGCGUGAGUUGGCACCCCCAGACUCUAGAGGAGGAAGCAGAAGGAACAGAUGAAGGAGCCAGCAGGGAUGGGGGGAAGAAGGCCUUCCCUUCUGUCUCUAGGUGUCAGAGAGGAGGAAGGAAGCCUGCUGGCCUCAUCGGGGAGAGGGGAAGGAUGUGGACCAGCCAGAAGGUGAGGCUGAACAGGAGGAGGGUCAUUGGAGCUGGAGGCAGAGGGGCAGGACACAGUCUCAUUGCCAAAGGACUCCUUGUCAAGCUUUGUGGAUAGGAUUGUUGAUAUUUUGCUGUAAUUUGGUGAAAAGAAAAAUACUUGACUAUAGAAAAGGAGAAUUCCCUGGAUGCUAGAUUCAGGUUUGAAGCAAGUCCAGCCUUGGUCCAGUAUACCUGAAGUAGCGUCUCCACCCCCAUCGUUCUGCCCGGACACUGAGGUCCAGCGCCGAGGGCCUUCUGGCGGUUCCCUCAUUGCAAGAAGCCAAGUUACAGGGAACCAGGCAGGGCCUUCUCGGUGGUGGCACCCGCCCUGUGGAACGCCCUCCCAUCAGUUGUCAAAGAGAUAAACAACUACCACACUUUUAGAAGACAUCUGAAGGCAGCCCUGUUUAGAGAAGCUUUUAAUGUUUAACAGACCACUGUAUUUUAAUACUUUGUUGGAAGCCGCCCAGGGUGGCUGGGGAGACCCAGCCAGAUGGACGGGGUAUAAAUAAUAAAUUAGUAGUAGUAGUAGUAGUAGUAGUACUCUUUGGUGAGAGAGCCCCAGCAGAUACUUAAGCUCACAAAAUAUGCAGCAAAGUAAAGCUUGGAAAUAUUGCCUGUCAGACCUUUAAAAUAGCCCCUUCUAAACGGCUUCCAAAGUUCCCCGUUUCCCUUAGCAUAGGCAGAAACCGCACAUUUGGUACGUUAAAAAUGGUUUACUUACAGACCCUUCAAAGAUCAAAUUCAUGCGCUUUCCCAUACAGCAGCAAGAAAAACACAGGCGGUGAAAUGUAGCUUCCAAAAGUGGUAAAUGUUUCAAAAUUAUUUGUAUAGAAACACAAAGAUGUAGGGGUCCACAUGGUGGAAUGGGAGGAUCAAAGACUGGGGCAAUCAAGUCAGAUUGACAGUGUAUAAGACAUAGAUUAUUAUUAUUAUUAUUAUUAUUAUUAACCCUUCCUGCCAAGGUGAAGGGGAGUGACCUGGCUAAGCCUGGCAGGACAGCUUCCUCUACUCUUCAUGCAUUUAUUAGAUUUAAGCAUGCUGGUUAUAUGAGGCUGGAUAUCCCACAGGGAUUAAAUGAGCCCACCCAGAUGGAGUGAGCAAACCCAAAGGGUGAGAAAGUCCCACAAAUGAGCUCACUCUGCCCUGUCUUUAAAAGCUUCAUAGGAGGGGAUGUGUCAACCGUCAGAACAUCUCUAUAGCUUCCGUUUGAUCAUGAAACUCUUGCCUGCCUCAUGUACCCUGGAAUCUUGACUUGGAAUGAUAAUCUGCUGAGCUUUUCAGCCUUUCGAGUAAGAGUUACAACUCUGUUUUGGGAUGUGUGCUUCUGAAUUCCAGUGGCUGGAGACCUCAGGAGGGGAAAGUGCUGAUGGGCCCAGAUCCUGUUCGUAGGAUCUGCUUUCAGCGUCUGGAUGGCCACUGUGAGAACAGGAUGAGGACUCAAUGGACCACUGGCCAGCUGCAGCAUCAGGGUGGUUUUGUGGAAUGCAAAGGUGCCUUUCCAGACUCACACCCUGUGCUGGAACAAUGUGUAAAGGUAAAGGGACCCCUGACCAUUAGGUCCAGUCGUGGCCGACUCUGGGGUUGCAGCGCUCAUCUUGCUUUACUGGCCGAGGGAGCCGGUGUACAGCUUCCGGGUCAUGUGGCCAGCAUGACUAAGCCACUUCUGGCGAACCAGAGCAGCGCACGGAAACGCCGUUUACCUUCCCGCCGGAGAGGUACCUGUUGAUCUACUUGCACUUUGAUGUGAUUUCAAACUGCUAGGUUUGCAGGAGCUGGGACCGAGCAACGGGAGCUCACCCCGUCGCGGGGAUUCGAACCGCCGACCUUCUGAUCGGCAAGCCCUAGGCUCUGCAGUUUAACCCACAGCGCCACCUGCGUCCCAACGUGUAAGAAUAGUAAAUCCCACUACGGAAGCAUCAUGUUCUCUGGAUGCAGCCCAGUGCUUCUCCAGAUAGCCCUAUGCCAAUUUAUGCAUAUUUAACCGAGAGAAAACUCUCACAUAAUUAAUUGAAGCCUUUAAUUGGGUAGUGCCCUUAAUGGGUUGCAAAGUGACCUCCUGCCUUCAACCCGCCCUUAGUGCGGGGACUUGGCAGCUGAACGCUUCCUUUGGUUAAAUCUGUCGCUUGCUGUGGCUAAUCUCUUCUAAUGCCGCCAUAAUCCCAUUAUUGAAAACAACUGAAAAGCUAGGAGUUAAAGGGAUGAAAAGAUUUAUUUAGUCUGUGCUGCUGGGUGAGCUUGAUGGGGCAGCGACUUUUCUGAACUUUUUUGUAUGGCUGCCGUUCAUCAAAUCAUCUUCGGGUCCAGCCUGCAUUUUCCCAAAUUUAUGAUUGCUCUCCCUGCUUCAGCUAACUGGUGACUUUGCUGGACAGUUCCCAGAAUUCCCUGGGGAGAGGAACAGACUAUUAACCCAUCCCUCUGGGGAAUUGUACCUCUGUUCAGGGAACGCGGGUCUCCAAACAAAUCUCAGCCUGCUUAACAAACCACAGUUCCCUGAGUUCUUUGGGGAAGCCACAAGUGUUUAAAGUUGUGCAUGCUCUAGUUAUCUUCCGCUUGGACUACUGCAAUGUGCUCCACGUGGGGCUACCUUUGAAGGUGAUUCAGAAACUACAACUAAUCCAGAAUGCGGCAGCUAGACUGGGGACUGGGAGCAGCCGCCGGGAUCACAUAACACUGGUCUUGAAAGACCUACAUUGGCUCCCAGGAUGUUUCCAAGCACAAUUCAAAGUGUUGGUGUUGACCUUUAAAGCUCUAAACGGCCUCAGUCCAGUAUACCUGAAGGAGCGUCUCCACCUCCAUCAUUCUGCCCGGGCACUGAGAUCCAGCUCCAAGGGUCUUCUGGCGGUUCCCUCCCUGCGAGAAGUAAGGUUACAGGGAACCAGGCAGAGGGCUUUCUUAGUAGUGGCGCCCGCCCUGUGAAAUGCCCUCCCGUCAGAUGUCAAGGAAAUAAACAACUAUCUGACUUUUAUAAGACAUCUGAAGGCAGCCCUGUUUAGGGAAGUUUUUAAUGUUUGAAGUUUUAUUCUGUUUUUAGUGUUCUAUUGGGUGCCACCCAAAGAGGCUGGGGAAACCCAGCCAGAUGGGUGGGGUAUAAAUAAUAAAAUGAUGAUGAUGAUGAUGAUGAUACUGCUUUAAAUGUUUAGUGUAGAUGGGGCUUACAUUUUGACUCAGGUAUCCAGUCAAGUGACCUGCUUCGUGAGUCACCUGCUGCCUAGAAAUGUUGCGUUGGAGCCAGAAUUGCAGACCCUUUCCUAGACCCGUGCCAUCUGCAUUUGGCCAAAGCGAGCGAAAAACAGCCAUGUGCUGUGGCUGGAUAUGCCAUCUCAGAAACUGGGAUUAGCAGGCCCAUCUUUUGGCAGCUGAUACUGUUCCAAGGGUUAAACCACAGAGUCUAGGACUUGCAGAUCAGAAGGUCGGUGGUUCGAAUUCCUGUGACAGGUUGAGCUCCAGUUGCUCGGUCCCUGCUCCUGCCAACCUAGCAGUUCAAAAGCAUGUCAAAGUGCAAGUAGAUAAAUAGGUACCACUCCAGCGGGAAGGUUUCCGUUUCUGUGCGCUGCUCCGGUUCGCCAGAAGCGGCUUAGUCAUGCUGGCCACAUGACCCGGAAGCUGUACGCCGGCUCUCUCGGCCUGAAAGCGAGAUGAGUGCCGCAACCCCAGAGUCGGCCACGACUGGACCUAAUGGUCAGGGGUCCCUUAACCUUUACUAUUCCAAGCAGCAGCAGCAGCAGCAAGUGUGGGGAGGCAGGCAGGAGGAUGGCUGCCCCUUAGGAAUAUUCCCUAGAGAGGCCCCAGGGUCUGUUAGCAAAAAAUAACUUGCUUCUCUGACCAGCGGCAUUUGGAUACGAUGACAACAUCGGGAGUGGGAGAGGCGCUCCCCAUGCCAGCCGCAACCUGAAACCUCCCUCGGGGUUACGCGUUCCUCUUCCAGCAAAAGAUGAAACCUGAUUUUGCAGGUUUGUGAUCCCUAUUUAGCGUCACCCUUGGUAAGAUGUUAAUUAGCAUGGCUUCAUGGAGGUGCUGAGAACAGCGGUUUGGCUCUGAGCGAACAAACAACACAGCAGCUGCCUUCGUUGCAGCAGAUGUCUGAAGGCCACCUCCUUUUACUUCACUGAGCAGGGAGAGACCUCUGAAGUCACCAGGUUCAAGCCCCCACUCAGUGCAAUCCGACCCCUGCUUCAAUAUCUCUGCCCUCUUUACCUGAGAAAGCUCUGCUCCAUUGCUGCCAUUGGCAAGCUUCUACCUAGAGCUUAGCCGAAGUCUGAUGCCCUCUAAUUCCCACCUACUGAAUGUAUCCCUGUAGCAAACAGUAUUGAAAGUGGGUUUGUGUGUAACCACCCACACACCAUCCUGACCACAAAUCACCAGCAAUGCACAGUAAAGGGGGCGGCGUUCCUGGAGGGCCCCACAUUUAAAUGCUGUGCGUGUGUGCAUUUAAGCAACCUUGGGCAGAACGGCCUGUAAUGGAUUUAAAGGCCAGGGACUACGGGAUCCCUGUUAUUGGAGACGGGAACAAAUCUGUCUCCUAAAGUCAAGGGAGCAGUUCUCAUUCGUACAGGCAAACAGGAGACUUCCCAAUUUUGCAUUUGUCCUCUAAUGCAAAUAUGGUGGGGAGGGCAUUCUAGGAUUUGCAGUACCUACGUGAAAGGCAAUGUGUUGUGCCAAAUUCAGGCAUAAAGGCAACAGGACAGUUGCCACUACAGGUGUGUGUGUGUGUGUGUGUGUGUGUGUGUGUUCAGGGGGGGGGGGGUUAUAGCAUUCCAGCCACAUGGAAGCAAAUCUGUGCCUUUGGCUCCCUUGCUGUUGUGACCCCCCCACGCCAAGCACCACCAGCUAUUUUCAGCUGGCAAAAGCAGCCACUGGGUUAUGAGGCCUUGCAUUCAUAAAGCCCAGUGGUUAGACAGCCAGGCCAACUUAAUAGGCCACCAGCGGAUACACUAAAGUAAAGGACAUAUAAACCUUUUAAGGUUUAUAAGCCAGUGUGGUGUAGUGGUUAAGAGCGGUGGACUCGUAAUCUGGGGAACCGGGUUUGCUUCCCUGCUCCUCCACCUGCAGCUGCUGGGUGACCUUGGGCCAGUCACACUUCUCUGAAGUCUCUCAGCCCCACUCACCUCACAGAGUGUUUGUUGUGGGGGAGGAAGGGAAAGGAGAAUGUUAGCCGCUUUGAGACUCCUUAAAGGGAGUGAAAGGCGGGAUAUCAAAUCCAAACUCUUCUUCUUCUUCUUCUUCUUAAGCCUGGGGUCCCCAACAUGGCACUCGUGGGCACCAUGGUCUUGGCACCUACCAAGGCUCCUGGCCCCUCCCAGUUUUUAGUUUUUAUUUAGUUGUAAAUUGAGGGGUGUUUUUUGUUUUUACUUUUGAGGUGGGUUGUUUCGGGAAUUGCCUGUUUUUCUGUUUUUUUAUAUAUGUGAUUUGCCUGUUGUGGGGAGUGGGGGGAGAUUCUGAACAUGUUUUAAUUCAGUGAUAUUUGUAUUUUGUUCUUCGAUUCUGAAAUAUGUCCUUAAAGGUUGGGGGUCCCUGUUUUCGCUCCAUCGUUUUCCUGGCCUCCUUUCCUCAUUCUCCCUCUUUUCUCCCUUCUUGCCUUCCAGAUAACUGCAUUCUGGCAUUGAAUUGGACCGGAAAGAAAAUGGUGUGUAUUCUAAUGAAGACAAAUGCCCUUAUUUCAAUGAGAGAGACCCGGUCAUAAGGAGUGGAGGGCAGAGAGCCCUUUGCUACAAGAUAGAUAUUUGCAGAUAAGGUGACAAGAUCUCUGUUUUGGAAAGAGCUCCUCCAGAUAAGACACAGCCAUGUACUCGUUUCUGCCGGAGAACUUCACCCCCGUGAAGCAGAAGCCGGUCAAGGAGUUGAAACCCAUGAUAGUGGCCAUUGUGCUCGGCCUCAUCCUGCUCAUCGCAGCCGUGGUGGCCUGGUGCUACUACGUGUCAUCCCUUCGGAAGGCGGAGAGGCUGAAGACGGAGCAGAUGGACCUCCAUCAGGACGGCUUCACCAUCAAAAACCAGGAUGGGGAGAUCGUCUUCAGGUUGGCCUUCCAGUCGGGCAUUCUUGACUUGGAGUCUUGCUCCAGGGAGGGUGCGAAUCUAACCUGCACCAGGACUGACAAAGGGAAGCUCAACUUCUUCAUUAAGAUUGUCACCCCAAAAGACACGGUGAUGUGCUACCGGGUCCGCUGGGAGGAGUUUGUGGCGGACACCGUGGUGGAGCACAAGAUGUUCUGGGGGGACGCCCACUGGUAUGGGGGCUGCGAGAUGAGCGUGCAGCACUGGCCCAUUAAGCUGCCCGGGUACCAGGAGCCCAUGCCGUUCGUGACCAGCGACGUGUACUCUUUCAGGAACAGCUUUGGGGGCAUCCUAGAGAGGUACUGGCUGUCCUCCAAAGCAGCCGCCAUCAAGAUCAACGACUCCGUGCCCUUCCACCUCGGGUUCAACGCCUCCGAAAGGUCCCUCGUCUUCCAGGCCAGGUACAAAGAUUCCCCCUACAAGCCUCCGCUGGGGCAGCCGCCGUUCCCAGAGCUGAGCUACCGUGUCUGUAUCGGCUCCGACGUGACCUCCAUCCACAAGUACAUGGUGAGGAAGUAUUUCUACAAGCCUUCGAAGAUUCCCUCGGAAAACGCCUUCAAGUACCCGAUCUGGUCGACCUGGGCCUUGUACAAAAAUGACAUCGACCAGGACAAGCUGCUGCGCUUUGCUGAGAAGAUCAAAAAGUACAAGUUCAACUGGAGCCACAUCGAGAUAGACGACACCUACACGCAAGCGUACGGGGACUUCGACUUCGACCCGGUCAAGUUCCCGAACGUGACGGAGACGUUCAAGAAACUCAAAGAAGACGGGUUUCAGGUCACUCUCUGGACACACCCAUUCAUAAACUACAAUUCCUCCAACUUUGGGGUAGGAAUAGAGAGACAGCUUUUCAUCAAGGAGCCGACAGGGAGGCUUCCUGCUAUGGUCGAGUGGUGGAAUGGAAUUGGCGCCAUAUUGGAUUUCACCAACCCUGCGGCCAGGGAUUGGUUCCAGAGCCACCUGAGGCAACUCCGGAGUAAGUACGGCAUCUCUUCUUUCAAGUUUGAUGCCGGAGAGACCAGCUACCUUCCCAAACAGUUCAGCACCUUCCGCCCCUUGUCGGACCCCAGCAUUUGGUCCAGGCGCUACACGGAAAUGGCCAUCCCAUUUUACGAGCUAGCGGAAGUCAGGGUUGGCUACCAGUCUCAGAACAUCUCCUGCUUCUUCCGCAUCAUUGACAGGGAUUCUGUCUGGGGUUAUGAGCUUGGGCUGAAGUCGUUGAUACCGACUGUCUUGACCAUCAGUAUGCUGGGAUACCCUUUCAUAUCGGCCGACAUGAUUGGCGGGAACUUCUUUCCCAACAAGACGGAUGGGGCGGUGGAAAUCCCAGACCAAGAGCUCUACAUCCGAUGGCUGGAGCUGUCAGCCUUCAUGCCUUCCAUGCAGUUCUCCAUCCCACCGUGGCUCUACGACAGAGAGGUCAUAGACAUCGCCCUGAAGUUCACCAGGCUCCAUGAGUCUUUGGUUGCCCCCCUCUUGCUGGAGCUGGCCGGGGAGAUCACCGACACUGGGGACCCCAUCAUCCGGCCCAUCUGGUGGAUUUCUCCCCACGAUGAGGCUGCACACAAGAUCGAUUCCCAGUUCCUGAUUGGGGACACCCUGAUGGUGGCUCCCGUCUUGGAGAUGGGCAAGCAAGAGAGAGACAUUUACAUCCCAGCUGGCAAAUGGCGCAGCUACAAAGGGGAGCUCUUUGAAAAGACACCCACCUUGGUGACGGAUUAUCCUGUCGAUUUGGAUGAAGUAGCUUAUUUUGUGUGGGUGUCCUAACCGUCUUCAGCUACUGCUGCCACCACCAGCUUUGAAGCUUAGUGAAAGUCAACCAGGCCUUAUUCUAGGAAUAUUAACAACAAAUAAUUCUAAUCCGUUAAGGAGGCAGAAGGGGGUGGGGACUGGAAAUGGCUAUAUAUUUGUCCCUUGCAUAUGCUGUAAAGAUCUAGCUUCGUUCUUGUGAUCUAGAAAAAUGCUGGAUCACAGUGGCGUGGGAUUUGCACAUUCAAGGAAACGGUCUUUCCGGUCUCCCCUCGCAAGGCCCAUAACUGCACAGGAUCUCCCUCCCAAGCAAAUUUGUUCCAUUUUUCGAUGUGGGUCUUGGGGACCUUUGCAAUGCCAGCUGCGAUUAUUUACAAACCCAUCUGUAGUGUCUCUGGUGCCUCGGAUUGGGUGCACGUCGCAGGCUGUUAGCCAGACCGUCCAGACUGGAUCUUUUUUUAAGCUGUGGGAAGCUGCUCCCUGCCUAUAGCUUUUCCAAAUAUGAGCCAAGGGGAAACCUUGAGCUAUGAGCAAGAGAUCCCUGCCCUUCUAGGAAAGGGGUUCUUUCCCCAGGUAGGGAGGUGUUCAGGGUUGCUAUAGCACAACUAGCCUUACAUUUUACAGUGCAGUAAGCUAUUAUUUGAAAUAACUGGGGAGGUUUUCCUAAAGAGUAUAACUUCGGUUUAUUACAGGCACAGAUACCCCCCCCCACACAUAUAUAUAUAUAUUCCUCGUCUGGUGUUAGAUGAGGCUGGCUUAUCAUGUUGUGUAGGCCUUUAGUUACCAGGCUGGGCUGGUUACUCAGCUCUGGGGCUUUUGAACAGGACUGGCAUCUCAGCUUUCCCCUUCCUGAUGCCAGCCACCUUCUUGCCAAGGCAAUCCUUGGCUAGCAAAAAGGAUGGUAAUCUCCGAUAUAUGGAUGGCAUGCUUGCUCCCACAGCGAACAGAUGUGUUUUAGAGGUGUGGAUCGGGACUUAAAAGCCCUUCCUUGCUGCUGCUGUUGUUGCUGCUGCGCCUCCUCUGGGGUUAUUUUCAAAGGUGCCUUUGCAGCUGUGUUGCCAAUAAAGGAUUGACUUUCAACUCAUCAACGGUUCCCAGGAAGAAGAGCAUCGCCAGACUCUUCCAGACAAGACGGCAAGCUCUUGUUGGCAGCCCACGGGACUCUUGUGUGUUCAGAGAGGCAGCUGGGGAGGGUGAGAGCAGGGGCAUCAAAGCUCUACUGUUAACUUACUAAUAGGACCCGGAAUAAAAAUGGUUUGUCCUGCUCCCAAGUGAUGCUGCGCCAAAUGGGCAGAUUCGUGGUUUCUCCUUCUGGAAGGCAAACUGAAGCUAAUGC